UUGGGUAUUGCUCCGGUCAGUCAGUGCCUCACAAGUGUAGCGUGACGGGAGUGGUGGCGCCGUCCCAAGCCUGUGUUACUGUGUUGUGGUGCUGUGACGUGUCUGAUGAUGUUGUGACGUGUCUGUUGAUGCUGUGACGCUGCUAAGGUGACGCUUCCACCAUACAGGGACGGGUUAGUGAAGAGGAGAAGAGGAAACUGUGAUUUUUUUUAAGUUUCAAGACAAGAUUCGUGCGUCACGUUAACACACUCACGCACUCGCGCAAGAAAACACUGGAAUUAACUGCAAAAUCACGCACACGCACGCACGCACGCACGCACACGUAAGAACAAUCACCGCAAACAACUGGAAAACCACAAACACAUGCACGCCCACAUCCACAAACACUGAACCAACUCCAUAAACACACACACACACACACACACACACACACGCAAAUGAAAAAAUAAAAGGCAACAGAAAAACAUUAAAAAUCACGCCGGUUCUUCACGCCCACACCAUGUUCCUCCCACGGGCGCUACCCUGGGAGAUUGCCCCGCCCACACUCCCUCCCCUGGGCGGCCUGCUAACGAUGCUGGAGGCUAAAGAGGGGAUGAAACCGCCCUUUCUUCUCCCCGCCCCGCCCGCAGUGCCCCGAACCGCUGCCUGUGUUGUCCUGCCCCGCCCCCCAGCCCCACGCCCGCCCACGUCCGCAGCCCACGCCACGCCCACAAUGCUAAGGCUUCUUCCUCCCCCCAGUUGCUACCCCGCCCCUUAAAUUUGGCGUGGAAAGGUUGCUAGCAGCGGAACCAAGGAAAGACACACAGCCAUCACCACCCCACCACCACCACCAGCACCACCUCCAGCCACCCCCGUCCCCCUCCAGCCGCCUGCAGCCCUCCCCUACCACCCCCACCUCCCCGCCUCCCUGCAGCAGCGCCUCCCUCCCGUGCCUCGCCUCCUGUGUGUGUGACGCCCCCGGGGGAAAAUGCCCUUCGGAACCUGCAUUCUAUUACGCCCCUCUCUAUGCUACCCACCCCGCCCACCUACUUCCUUACCCCGCCCUGUACGGAGGCGGCGGAGGCGGGCACCGUGGAGAGGUGGUGGGCGCGGGGGCAGCAGCGGGCUCCCACGGGCGGCGCAAGAGGACCUGGACGCGGGCGGUGUUCAGUAACCUGCAGCGGAAGGGCCUCGAGAAGCGGUUCCAGAUGCAGAAGUACAUCACCAAGCCGGACAGACGACAGCUGGCGGCCACCCUGGGACUCACCGACGCGCAGGUCAAAGUUUGGUUCCAGAACAGAAGGAUGAAAUGGCGCCACUCUGAACUCAAGAAACGAGAGCAACAGCAGCAGCAGCAGUUACAGCAGACCCAGCAACAGCAGCAGCAGCAGACACAGCAGAAGGAACCAGCACAGGAAGACCAGCAGACGGACAGCCAGAUGGAGGAUGAGGAAGACGAGGAAGAGGAGGAGGAGGAGGGAGGAAUGGAGUGUUCAGAGGGACAAGAGAGAAAUGGAGUUUUAUUACAAAGAGAUGAGCGGAAGAUGGAUCCAAGUGAAGAUUUAGUGACAAAGAACACAUAAGAAAUUAAAUGCGCUAAACUUUCCCUUGAAUCCAAAGAAAAUAAGGGAAAAAAUAUAUUGCACUAUGUUGUUUUAUUACCGAGAGAUGAGAGGGCCGUGAAUUGAAGUAAAUUAAGAAGACUUGAGAAACAAAAUAAGUUAAACUUGCCCUUGAAUCCAAAGACAAUAAGGAAAAAUGUGUAUUAUAACUUGAACCUAGCUAGUUGUAUAUUUAAGCAUUCUUACUUGGAAUUGUACAAAUCAAACUCAAAUCAAACUGUUUUCUUGUUACGUCAAAGUGUCAAAAUAUCAGACUUUCAUUAUUCAUCACUAAAAAAAUAUUCAGGUAAUUUCAAGGGUAUCAAUAAUGAUUUUCUUUUCUAAUUAAACAAACCCUGAGUACAAUCCAAUCCUAUAUUUUUUUUUCUUUGGAAUUUUAACAUUUUCAGUAACUAUUAUAAAGUAUGAGUGUGAAUGUUCUUUAUACACAAAUAAGACGUGCCUGCCAUAAGUUAUAUUCCUCUGUAUGUACUGUAUAUAAUGUUAGAUGACAACACAAUGUACUGACGAUUAUACAACUUUCCCAGUCCAA